CUAUAGACCAAGGACUAAAUUACUUUUAAAGAUUCAUCAUGGGAAUUAAAGGGAUAAAGAAACUUAUUGAAAGCAAUGAAGAUCUCCUCCUAGCUAAUUGUGAGUUGCAGAGUACCGAACUUGUAAUUGACGGACCCAAUCUCUUACAUUUCCUGUUUACAACAAGUAAGGACCUCGACUUUUUACAUGGUGGAGACUACAACGAAUUUGCAUCAGUUAUUCGAGAUUUUUUUCAAACUCUCCAAUCAUGCCACGUUCGUCCACUAGUUGUUAUGGAUGGUGGACAUUCCAUAGAUGAUAGAAAAUUAAAGACAAAGAAAAGUCGAACAGAACAACGAAUUAACAGAAUAAGGUUCCAGUGUAACUUCCGGCCACAUAAAGGAAGAAACAAACCAAAGUUUGAGUACAAAUGCCUGCCAAUUUUGGGGUAUGAUUUGUUCUUAGAAGUUCUACGAGACAUGGGCAUCGAGGUCGUUGCCUCUCCAUUUGAGGCUGAUAAGGAAAUAGCUGCAAUUGCAAACGACAAACAAUGUCCUGUACUAUCACAGGACGCCGACUUUUAUGCUCUGCCGAUUACUGCUGGAUUCCUUCCUAUUGAUUAUCUCAGGAUGAAAACGGAGAGAAAGCACGGGAAAGAAAUGAGCAAGUUUCUAAAGUGUAAAAUUUACCAUUUUGAAAAAUUCACAUCCCUAUUUCCCAGACUUGGUCAGAAAGUUUUCCCACUUCUUGCAAUUCUUCUUGGAAACGACUAUACGGAUAAAGAAGAUUUUCAAGCCUUUGUAGAUCGGAUUUCUAAUGUGCUGCCUGGUAGUUCCUAUCACUUGUCUUUGAAUUUAGAAAAUGAAAUGCAAAAGAAAAUAAUGCAGUGGUUGAUGCAGGAAGAAUCGUUUGGAAUGGCUCAGAAUAGAAUGAAAACAGUCCUUGGAGAGGACAUUGUGAAAAAGGCAUUGUGUCUUGUAGAAGAUGCGUAUACUAUCGACAAAAAACAAGAACCACAAUGCUCUUUGUCGAUGCCAGAGUGGUUCAUGUCGAACCACACAGACUGUCUUAUUCCCAGCAUUUUCAUGACUAUUGCCACGUCACACAGAAUUUUCUUUGCAUGUCAACCAGAAGACUUUGCAAGUCCAUCCUCUUACAAGUGCUCGAUGAAAAUAAGACGAGUUAUUUACAGUAUUUUGUUGAAGGAUACUGGGAAAACCACCGUCUCAGAAUAUGACAGAGCUGAUCCGACUCCUUCUUCGACACAUACUUCUGCCAAUCAACACGGCAACACCCAGAGCCUAGAAUGCCAAGAGAUAGGUAUUCACGACAACGGUUUUCCCAGACUUGCCGAUAUUCCCCAUAUGGCUGAUGAGGAUAAAAGAGGUUUGGUUUUGAAAGUUUUACAAGCAGAAAAUGCUUUCACCGAGUUUGAACCAGACACCCGAUUUUUGCUGGCGAUUUUACGGUAUUGGUCCAAGAAUUCAUUCCCCGGGAUUAACAUCCUCCAUGUAAAGACAUUGCUCGUUUGCUGGAUUUUUCUUUCAGUCGAAUCUUAUGUAAAGAAAGCUGACCAAAGCCUAGAUGAACAUCGAUUAGAUAGAAAAAGAAAUUUUGAUUCCAUGAUGUCAGAUUUAACAUCAGAACAAAUCAAAGCCAUGUUUGAUGAAUUCAAAAGAAUACGUCACGCAAAAAAGCCACAAGGAAUACGAUUUGAUAUUCUUCAAGGGUUUGCACAGUUUCAAACGUGCAUCAUGGCAGCAUAUGAUUUGAAUUCUCUGUUGAAUUUUCCUUUCCGAAAACAUCAAAUUCAGCUGUUGUUUUGUGGCCGAUUUCUGCAUGACUUUUAUGGGAUGUUAGAAAAAGAGAGAUACGACAUUCGAGCACUUCUGCGAGAAGGAAGCAAACUUGGAAUUUUUUACAGCAAAGUUAUGAGGGAAUUUGGUGACGACGAAACUGUUUUCUAUCAACGAAAUUCACAAAACUCUGGAAAUGCUCUACAAUAAAAAAAAAAGUGAAAAAUAUGUCAAAUGGAAGAAAUAUAUUCAUAUCUUUUAAAGAAAGAAAAAGAAAAUGGAGAUAUUUUGAUUAAGGAUUUUUCUUCCUAUUUUUGUUAUGUUAAAAUUAAACUUUUUAGGAGGGGGGAGGGAUGGCGGUGAUAGCAUGCUUUACAAAUUUUAUUUUUAUAUGAUUUUGAAGAACAAAAUUGGUAAACUCAUUUGUUCAAAGUUUAACAAUCAGAUGGCAAUCUUGGUUAUAAUCUAAUACUUGGUUUAUAGAUUCAUAAUAGGAUAGAAAUUACUCAGUAAGUGCGUUGAAAAUGUCAUAAUUUGGCAUUUACUUAUAUAUUUAAUUUGCUAGAAUUUAAAAGUUUUCAAACGAUCAAACUGUAUAUACGUAUGACGUAGAUUGAAACAAAAAUAUUGCGACAGUUAUCGUUCCUAUUCUGUAUUUUGGUUUUCAAUACUCAAGAACGAUGUACACCAUUCAUCAUCAAUAAAAAAAAACUUAAAUUUAUAAGGUAUUACAUGUAAUUAAGAUUUAGAAAAUAUGGAACAUGGAAUUCGAUUUGAAUGAUGGUUAUACCGGUAUCAUUAAUUUACCGACUGCGAAUAUAACUAUCUCCCUUGCCGAUGCUGCAAUAGAAGAGAAGUUUAUGCAUACAUGUAUAUGAGAGAUGUUGUCAAUGCAUGCAUUACUUUGAUUGUGAACCAUUUUUCUGAAAUGGCAAUGCCGUUUGGGUUUACGUUGUGUUUAAAUUAAGGGAGCGUGUCAAGGGUCAUUUAUUUAGUACUUUUAUUUUUCUUAUACUAUUAAUGAUAUUUAAAGUGCAUACUAACAAAGCUAUAAAAAAAAUUUGAAGUCCUC